AAUAACAAAACAAAUGGUCAGUUGUGUGCGUUCUUCUACAAACAUGUUACUAAAGACGAAUGUUCUUUUUUAUCACGUGAUUUUAUUUAGAGAGGCGUAAACGCUCGUGUGAUGAAAAUACAUCGUUAGACGCAAGAAAAUUAGCCGUUUUGUAUUUUAAUGUGUCGGUUUUUGAUUGUGAGCGCAUUCCUGUUUGUCGCGCGACCUGAAGAUGCUGCACGUGUUGACAGAUCAACAUCCGAUCCGGAUCAGGACAAAGAUGUGGGGAAAAUCCAGUGCAAAAAAGAGACGAACAGUGGCUCCUCUCAGGUCCGCAUCUCUUAUGUGGCCCCCGUAGACUCCUGGAGGAACAGAAACACACGACACACUCCAUCUCAGAACGCAGUGAAGCCAGCGUUUGGACUCACCUUCCACAAGUGUGCUCAGGUGGAAACAGGAAGAGGAUCGCAGGUGAGUGUGAUGUUAGUGAUCACGAAUCCUGCUGAGGGAAGUGACCUAUCACAGCUCUGCAUCCGCGACGCCGUCUCUGAUGUCACACUUCUGCAGACCAAUGGGAGUGUACAUGAGACAGGAUACCAGACCUUCCAAACAGACUCACUGCCAGCGGGCUCUGAGUAUGUGGUUGUGUACAGAUUGAGUGUUAAAGGAAACAGAAAGCAGCUUUUGACUCUUCCAGCGUUUUUGACUUUCUCCAAUGCUACUCAGAAUGACAUUCAUCUGUUUGGUCCUGUUGUUGCUAAUUUCACUCUGACAAUACUUCAUGAGGCCCAUCAGGAUGGCGCUGUGCUGUUUCUGAGUUUUACAGCUUCAUUUCUCCUGAUGGUUUUGCUGCUGUCUGUCAGUGUUGGCAUUGUGAACGUCCUCCUGCACAAAUCCACUCAGCACAGAGUCAGUUUACUACACUAUAGGAGAAGCUUCUGUGAGGAGACGGGGCCAUGCCAAGGGAUAUGUGACAUCACUGAGUCAGCCAAUCAGGAAGCAGCAUUUGAGGAUAAGUUUGUGGACAUUAUGAUGUUAGAGGACUCACAAAACAUGAUCCAUGCGCUUGACAGUUUGAACAUAUCCACUCGGUUGCGCAGUAUGGUUGUGGUGGAGCACACGCGGGUGCAGAUGUAUGAAGGGUUGUUGGUGGUGUUACUGCGUGGUGUUGGGUCAGCGGGGCGUCUCAGCCCGCAGGCGGAGCAGCGUGUUUUGGGAGUCGUGCACGGACAGAUCGUGGGCAUGGAGGGAAAAGUGCAGGAGGAGCACGUGGCUCGUAUGGAAACGCUCGCUGCCCGCUGUAAUCUAGAGACACAGGAGGAAAUGGAAUCACAACAACGUGCCCACGCGUCAGAAAGAUCACACGCGGAGCGACUGUUUCAUCAAACACAACACCAGGACGCGGCGGAGGUUCGAGCUCUGUCGGAGAAGCUUCAUAAGGAAGAGCAGCGCUGUCUGCAGAGACGUUUGAUGGCCAGACACGAACACGCAUCUGCGCAGGCGCAGAGACAGCAGGCACUGCGGCGUAGAUUUGAGCUUCACAAAAUUUUCGGCGAGGAGCUGCAGGAGGCCACGAUAACGGGAGAACUGCAGGAAAACACAGCUGACAAACUCCUGCUACAGUACUACGGCUGUCAGGACAGCCUGGAGGAGGUGCUUGAUGUCCUUCUGGCCAAUCAGAGAGCUCUGCUGGCGGAGCGACACGCACAGCGGCGUUUCCUCGUUCAGAGUUUCCAUAACCUUCAGGCUGUUAUAAACGACACCUUCAGCGGCAUCAGUGACCGCAGCACACAAACAGACGGAGCGUGUGGUGUGUUUCAGCAGUUUCCUGAUGUUCAGUCGGAAGUUUUGCGUGUGAAGCAGGAUUUACAGGACAGCAUGAGCCGCGAGUGCAGAGCCAUCCGCUGUGACAUCAUCAAGAGGAGACGACGGCUCUUGUCAGAGAUGGUGUUUGGACACAGGCUUCAGCUGCAGGGUUUGUGUGAAGUGUCUGAGAUCACAGUGGGUCAGUAUCUGCAGAAAUGGACCAAACUGUUGCUGAAUCAAAGCACUGAACUCUCAGAACUCAUUUAUCACCUGGACAAACAAACUGCAGCCAGUGUACAACAGGUGACUGUAGGUUUGCUUCAGGAUUCAUCAGCUCAGUUGAAGGCUCACAUGUCUGCGGUGUGUCCAGGAGCUGCACGCCUCCUCCCGCUGACAGACGCUCUUCACGAGAAACUGCAGAGUCUGAGCGAAGCUGAUGUGUGUGACCUUCAGUCCGCUCAGAGCUGCAUCCAACACAUCAAACUACAGGAACUACAACAGCAGAGAAACAUCAGAGACGCCUUCAGAGAAUACUGCAGUUGUGUGUGUGCGUCCCAGCGCUCUCUCUCUCAUGAGCACUGGUUGCGUGUUCAGCUGGAGUGUGUGAAGGCUGCGUGCUGUCUGGAUCAUUGUCUCGUGCUGCCACAUGAUAACCCCACCGUGACCCUGGCUGACCCCGCCGUGACCUCUACCACCUCAGAGAUGCAGAGGAGGUCAGAGGUCAUGGAACCGAAACACCUUCAGAGGAGCAUGCAGGAGAGAAUGCAGCUGUUGCAGCACACAGAGACGGAGAAUGACGUGCUACAGAGGGAGUGGAGUGAAGCGUGUGUGUUUCAGGAGCAGCAGACGCGUGUGUGUCAGGAGCGUGUGGCUGCGUUCGUGGCUGCGCUGCAGUGGGAACACGCAGAGAAAACAGCGAAAGUGACAGAGACGCACUCCGCCCUGCUCAAACUACACACACUCAUCACGCAAGAGCUACACAACUCAAGUGAUGUCACACAGAUCGUACACACACACUGUCUGGCUUUAGAGGAGGCGGAGCUUCAGCUUCAGGAGGAGGAGUCAGCUUGGGAGAAGUGUUUGGAGGGGCGGGGCUCUGCUGCUUCUGGUGAUGAUGCGUUUGGAUUGGACCGUGACCGUAGAAUCGCUGAUCUCCUACAGGAGGCGCUCUACAAGCGUCAGCACAUCACACAGAGAUUGACUGACAGAGUGUUGAGGAGAAAUCAAACCGUGGAGUAUCAUAGAGAUCAAAUCCAGCUGAAGAGACUGAACACGUACUGUCAACAGGAUCUGGAUUUGUCAUCAGUGUUGGUCAGUCAGGCUCAGAUCACUAUUCCUGAUCUCCAUGAGGUCCUGCGUCUCCUGCUGCCUACAGUACCUGAAGGAGAACUGCUGUCACUCUUAGAUGUACUACAACCCAAAGCAGGGAGUGAUUCAGGAGCCUGCGUUUCUCUGGCAGACGGACUGCGACGUGAUCUGUCUCGCCCUCCUCACCACAGCGACAGAGAGAGAGACAGGCUUAUAAAGAAGCGUCAGAAGCUUGGUGUCAAGCUCUUCUCUGGUGUCAGUAGCUCUGAAGAUGUUCCUGAUAUUCAGCAGACACUCAAACAGGUCCAGGAGUUUCCUCAGACUCCAUCUUUCACUCUUCAGCCAGAGCUGCAGAUCACAGAGGAGGCGGCUGAUGAAAUUGAGGAGGCGUGGCCAAAUAAAGAGGGUCACAUCUCCACAGAUCCACUGUUUAUUUUCCGCUGCUCUUCACCAGCGAGCACACACGAGAACACGCAAACAACACGCACGCGCAGAAAGAAACAAAACUAUUUGAACUUUAAGAAGAACAGUGUCGCUCCACAACAACAGACGUGACGGCUACACCCCACAAAAGACUGCCUGUAGUUUAUUGCUCCUUCAGUGUUUUUAAAUGCAGAAUUGUGAUGCAUGUUUUUUUUAUAUACACACCUGCAAGCACACACACACACAGCUGUCAAUCAAGUGCUACACUAAUGCAUAAAUUACACUGUAUAAAUGCAAAAAGUCAAAUAUUACUGUCAAAUACAUAAAAGAUGUACAGUUGAAAGAAAAAGUAUGUGAACCCUUUGGGCUUACUUGGAUUUCUUCAUAAAUUGGUCAUAAAAUGUGUUCUGAUCUUCAUCUAAGUCACAACAAUAGAGAAACACAGUCUGCUUAAACUAAUACUACACAAACAUUAUACGUUUUCAUGUUUUUAUUGAACACAACAUGUAAACAUUCAUAGUGCAGGGUGGAAAAAGUAUGUGAAACCCUAGGCUAAUGACUUCUCCAAGAGCUAAUUGGAGCCAGGAAUCAGUCAACCUGGGGUCCAAUCAAUGUGAUGAGAUUGGAUGUGUUGAUUAAAGCUGGCCUGUCCAAUAAAAAACA